UCAUCUGAAAAUUGCAGUGAUACUAGCAACUCAUUACUCUUUCUGCCUCCUUGCCAACAAGAGUAUUCCAACUAUACCUCUCUACGGUCCAAAGCUAAAUCAUCAAUUAAUUUUAAGCACCCAUUCUCCCGAACGGACGAACGUUUUGUCGGUCCCACAUCGUCUGAUAGAGCCCAUAGUGUUAAAAAAUUUCAUCAUUGGACAAAAGUUUCUCAUUUUGUAAAAAAAAGGAAUUCACGAUCGUCGCGGGAAAAAAAUGCAGUCAUAAAUAGACCACGGCUGUGUCCCGCUUCCCCUAUUUAUAAUAAUAAAUACGGUCAAUUUCAGCGUCAAAAUUUGUUAAAUUCCAGCACAUAUUUUGAGAAAAUGAUUGCCGACAACUUCGUAACGGAAACCCUUAAUUCAUGUGAUGGUAGUAUGACUGCUUCGUCUCUUUCAGCAAAUUUUAACCCAAUAAAGGAGCUGGAUCCGGGAAUACCCGUAAAUGAUAACUACACAUCUGAGUUUUCUACUUCUUCCUUCUCGGACAUAGACAUAGCAGGUCUCGACAAGCAUAUGAUGGACGUUUUUUCAAGAGAUGCUUAUUGUGGCCCAGAGUUACUCGAUGAUGCCUCCUAUUCUUCUGAAUUUCUGAAUCAAAUGAAUGAGCUCUCACUGUCCUUGAUUUCAUCUUUGGACAAUCGGCUUACGUCAACUCGUUUUGAUAUUAUAUGGCGUUGCUUCCUGCAAGAAAAACUUAGUUUGUGUAAUCGCAACAUUUCCUUCAUGGGAGCUAAUAAACUCCGUGCUUGUCUUUACCAUCAUGGAUUAAAUCAGCUAGGCUCUGUAUUCGUACUCCGAAGGCGUUUGCAAGAAUUCGUGAGGCGCGCUCGCGAGGCUUUAGUUAACCGAAGAAUGCCACUUGAUCGCAGGACUCGUUAUUCUUUGAUGGGAAAGGCAGUAGAAGGUGAUGCAUUCACGGAACUUCUUGAGGAACUUCCUGAUUCUUCAUUUCAUUGUCUCGGGCUGAACUCUGAUAAGGAUUCUAGCAAUCCAGAAUCAGUACGUUUCUCUGCUCCUCUCUUCUUGGAACCGGACACAUUUUAUUCAUACUUUCUUAUUAUUGACCUUGAGGCAACCUGUGACAAUUUAGAGCGAGUUGACGAUGCUACAAGGUUUCCUCAUGAAAUAAUAGAGUUUCCUGUUCUACUAUACGACACUCGUCUAUCUAGGUGUGUCAGUGUCUUUCAUGCCUACGUGAAACCAACGCUGCAGCCAGUACUUACAAAUUUUUGCACUGGACUCACUAGUAUAAAACAGGAAGAGUCGUUAUGCUAG